UUCGGGGUGAAGGGUUACCUGUCGGACGUCCGUCAGUCUGUUAUUAAGUCCAAGACGGAGUUGGUUGGAUAAAUUCGCUUUGCCGACUCGGUCACUUCGGGAAAAGGGCGAUAACGUCGAGAUGAUGCCGUUCUUCUCCAGAACCUCAAGCAAACAAUGCACGAAGUCCGAAACUGCGCCAGGUAUAAAUAUGGGUUUGAUGGCGGCGAGUGAGGGAGGGUUGAACGAGGCCGACCACGGAUAAUCUGCAUCGUCCAGACAGAGCCAACUUGGUCAUCGUCGACAACAUGCGCCUCUUGAUCCUCGCCGUCAGCGCUUUCGCCAGUUCGGCGGUCGCUUUCCCCUCCAUCGGCUCGCUCUUCUCGCCGCGGCAGGACAAAGACUGCAUCACGCGGGACGAGGCCAAGCAGAUCGUCGACAUCUACGCCAGCCUGAUCGCAAACUACACUCCCUCGGUCUGCGAGAAGUACUGCGCCGACGACUUCGUCGACCGGUCCGACAGCAUCAACACCUUCAUCUUCCAGCCGCUCGGCCAGCCGACGUUCGCGACCAAGCAGAUCUUCAUGGACGCGCAGCUGUCGAAUCCGGCGUUCCCGCUCGUGGUCGACAGCAUCGACGCCGUCGACUGCGAGUCCAUCGCGCUGCGCUGGCACGCCACUUUCGGCGUGGCCAACGAGCCCAGCCGCGGCAUCACCAUUCUCGGCACCACCAAGGCGGCGGGCUGGUGGCAGAUCAAGAGCAUCGAUGUCGAGUUCAACAGCCUGAUCUGGCUGCUUGACAUGGGCGGCAAUUACACUUGGGAAGGCUGAAUCGCGCUUGCGGCAGUGAGUCUGACGGGGAAGCCCCGCGUCGGAUGGGCUGUGUCGAGAGAACAAGGAGCAAGGCGAUGUGAAAGAAUGGCGUGUAACUCUCAAGUGAAUGGACGACGAGUGGCUGUUGGCUCCCAGCGACCAAAACAAUAAAAAAAAAGCGUGUGCGCGUGCCCGCCUUGGUUUCGGCAACAUCUGCAGAGAACUUGUGUGUGGAGACAUUGCACCAUCCGUGGGAGCCGUGGGAAAUUGGUCAGCCACGGGGCCACCGUCAUCCAUUCUGUGAGUCGCUGACAACCUAGGUAAUUAUUGCGGGAGCCCCGACGGCUGUUGUCCCCGUCGGCGGUCGUUUGUUUGCGCUCAAAAGCGACUCGGUGCUUGCGCAUCUGUCUUUGCUGUCGUCGCUCAUAGGGCUGCAUGUGCGGACAUCUGAGAGCGACGGAGUCCCGUUCUUGAGUUCCUUGGCUGUUAGCAGAAUUAAG